UUGCAAUAUUCUCUCGAGCUAGCUUAGGUUAGCUAUGGCUUAUGCCAAACUUAAUUUUGAAUUGGUUUUCUUCUUUUUGUUUCAUCUUCCAGUUCUUCCUAGCAUAUUUGUCGCAAGCCCUCUUAAGGAAAACCAACAUAGAUGUGCGUUUGACGCAAUUUUUCAAUUAGGUGAUUCAACAUCAGACACAGACAAUUUGAUUCAAGAGGAUCCUUCAUCAUCAUGUAUUCGGUUUCCUUAUGGCGAAACAUUUUUCAAGAAACCAACAGGGCGAUGCUCAGAUGAAUUGUUGAUCAUUGAUUAUAUUACACGUUCAGCUGGUGUUCCUUUUCUUGAUGCGUAUUUAACUCCAAAUGUUACCUUCAGUCAUGGAGCGAAUUUUGCUGUUUCUGGUUCAACUGCUUUACCUGUAUCUGUUCUAGCCGAAAAGAAAAUUAUAGCUCCAAUCACAAAUAGUUCUCUAAGUGUACAGCUAGAUUGGAUGUUCUCAUACUUUAAAGGAAGAUGUCGCAAUGGUGAAGACUGUGCUCAUAAACUUAAAUCCUCUCUCUCAUUUGUUGCGAGGAAGUUUUGGAAGUAA